GGUACUUGUAAAAUCAGAGAUACUCAAACUCUCGAGUCUCCUACGAGCCCUCCUGGUUCGUUCUCUUCUCUCAUUCCCGCCUAAAAACCUUUAACUCUCUCGAUUCGGCCAUUGAAGCAGCCGCAACAGCUUGAGGAGAUUUCAAAAAAUGGGUAAAGUUGAGAUUAAAGAAGAAGUAGAAGGAGAUCGCGUCGGAACUACCGAUUACUACUUCGAUAGAAUCGGCGAACCUAUCUGUAUCAAAGAGGAAGACGCUCUAUACGAUCUCGAAAACCCUCCCUCACAGCCUCUAGCUAUCUCCGAACGCCACGGCGUCGUUUUCGUCGCACAUUCCUCCGGGUUUCUUGUUGCAAAGACCAAGGAUGUAAUUUCUGCUUUGAAGAAUAGUAACGGGAAAGGUACCAGGGUUUAUCUCCAGAAUUUGAGCCUCGUGGAUGUUCCCGUUGGCAACGUUCGUAUACUGUCUCUCUCUGCGGAUGAUUCCAUUCUCGCUGUCUCCGUCGCUGCUGAUUUUCAUUUCUUCUCUGUGGAUUCACUUCUUAAUAAGGAUGCAGAACCUUCAUUUUCUUAUUCACCUGAUGAGUCAGACUUUGUUAAGGAUUUCCGGUGGACACGGAAAGAUAAACAUUCGUAUCUUGUUCUUUCAAACCAUGGGAAUCUCUUUCAUGGAAUUGAUAAUGCACCCCCUAGACAUGUUAUGGAUGGUGUUGACGCCGUUGAAUGGAGUUCAAAAGGGAGUUAUAUUGCUGUGGCUCAAGAUAAUAGCCUGCGGAUUUUGUCGUCAAAGUUUAACGAGAAGCAGUGCAUAGCGUUAUCAUUUGACGCCUGGAAUGGUGAUUCCAAUGAAAACUGUGUUGUGAAAGUUGAUUCUAUUCGAUGGGUACGUCACAACUGUAUUCUUCUCGGAUGCUUCCAGCUGAUUGAUGGCAUGGAAGAAAAUUACUUUGUUCAGGUUAUUAAGAGUCCGGACGGGAAGAUAACUGAUGGUUCGUCCAAUCUGGUUGCUGUAUCCUUCUCUGAUUUGUUUCCAUGUUCGAUGGAUGAUCUUGUUCCGGCUGGUGUUGGACCUCAUUUGCUCUUUAGCUACAUAGACAAAUGCAAACUGGCAAUCAUAGCAAACAGGAAGAGCAUAGAUGAGCAUAUUGUUUUGCUAAAUUGGCCACUUGGUGAUGAUAAAAGUGCAGUUGCCGUUGUUGAUAUUGAUCGAGAGACCUUUUUGCCAAGGAUUGGACUCCAAGAAAAUGGAGACGACAAUAUGAUCAUGGGACUCUGUAUCGAUAGGGUUUCUGUUGAAGGGACCGUUAAUCUCCGUUCGGGAGAUGAUGAAAUGAAAGAACUCCCGCCGUAUUGUGUUCUUGUGUGCCUCACUUUGGAAGGAAAAAUGGUCAUGUUUAAUGUUGCUAGUGUUGCAGGACUCCCAGCUUCAGAUAAUGUUGAUUUGGCUUCUUCUUCUGAUAUAGAAGAUGCUAAUGCCCCUUCAAUUAGAGAUGAUCUUUCUGAACAAUCUUCUGAAGAGCCUGAACAACAACGAAAUGUGAAUGUUUCGGUACAAAAUGAACUGAAACCCCUCAACUCAGAUCAUUUAACUUUUCUGUUACCUACCGAACAAAGGUUCCCAAAUGAAACAAUUUCUAGUAAGGAAAUUGGUUCUGUAAAAAAUUCAGCGUCUGGGGACAACAACGGGAAGCAAGAAUUCUAUGCUGAAAAACCAUUACAAGCUGCAGAUGGUCAACAAAGCAUGAUUCCUAGGCAGUUCGGAACAAGUUUUGGGGUAACUCCUUCGUCUUUAGGAUAUGACACCAACAAAUUUGCAGGACUGGGUCCUAUCCUCCCUGUUUCUGAUAAGUUUCAAAAAGACUUAUCUGAGCAGUCUAAGUCUCUGCAUUUUCAGACCAGUUUUGGGUCAAAGAGUACACCAGCUUUAUUUGCAUUUUCUGGCCCGCAGAACGCUACUGUUCCUUCACCACAAAAUACACCAGCUCAGCCAUGGUCAAGUGGGAAAGGUAUCUCACCUCCAAAUUUUGCCUCUGGUCGUUUUACUUCUGUGAAAGAUACUCAGCAUAAGCAAUCAGAACAGACGGGAGCUGGUUAUGUAAAUCCUCCUACGUGCAUCAAAGAGAAGCCUGUACAAGUUAUUGAGACUGCUAAAGCAUCGGCUCUGAUUAAUUUAACUCCUCCGCUAGGCCAAAAUCAAGACGCUGAUGAAGGGGUAGAAAAAAUCGAGCCAAUUCCGUCUAUCCGUGCCUCUCAAUUGUCACUACAGGUGAAAUCUUCGUUCGAAAAGUCCUCUAGUCUUCAGCAGCACAAAACUCCGUCCAGUCCUGGACCUCUGAGACUCGAGAAUACCAUGUCAAAGCAACCCAGUAAUAUAAAUGAGAUGGCCAGAGAAAUGGAUGCGCUUUUACAGUCCAUUGAAGGACCAGGUGGUUUCAAGGAUUGUUGCACCUCAUUACUCAAAAGUCAUAUUGAAGAAUUGGAGCAAGGACUUCAAAGUCUUGCUGGCAAGUGCCAAACGUGGAAGAGCAUAACUCACGAGCAGCAAGCAGAGAUCCAACAUCUUCUGGACAAAACAAUUCAAGUUUUGGCCAAAAAGACAUACAUGGAAGGGUUGUAUAAGCAAACUUCUGAUAACCAGUACUGGCAACUUUGGAACCGCCGGAGGUUGAAUCCUGAGCUUGAGGCCAAGCGGCAGCAUAUUGUGAAACUAAACAAGGAUUUGACUCAUCAACUGAUUGAAUUAGAGAGAUAUUUUAAUCGGCUUGAACUCGAUCGCUACCAAGAGGAUGGAGGACUUUCUGUGGCCCGGAGAGGUUUGCCAAAUAGGUCUGCCCCUUCAAGACGUGUGCAAUUCCUUCAUAGCCUUCAUAACACAAUGAGUUCCCAAUUGGCAGCUGCUGAGCAACUCUCUGACUGUCUCUCAAAACAAAUGACAUUUCUGAAAAUCGAUUCACCUGUCAAAAAAAAUGUGAAGCAGGAGUUGUUUGAGACAAUUGGGAUCCCUUAUGAUGCUUCUUUCAGCUCGCCAGAUGCUGUAAAAGCUAACAAUGCAUCUUCAGCGAAAAAUCUAUUACUCUCUUCUAUUCCUGCAAGUAUAAAUGCACAGUCCAGACAACGUCAGUCAUCUGGUAUGAAAAGUUCUGACCCUGAAACGGCUAGGAGGAGGAGAGAAUCAUUAGACAGGAAUUGGGCUGCUUUUGAGCCUCCAAAAACAACUGUCAAAAGGAUGCUUCUGCAGGAGCAACAGAAGACGGGUAUGAACCAACAGACUGUGUCGAAUGAGAGAAUACGGUCAACGAUUAAUACACAGGAGCAAUCACUGCUUCGCCUGAAGGAUCAUGCAUCACCUGUAGUCUCCUCGAAUAAGGGAAAAAUGGAAUUAUUCCAACAAGACACAUCUGAAGCGCAAUCAACCCCGUUCAGAUCAAGGCCACCUAUGCCACAAUCUAACAGUCCCUUUACCUUCUCUCCAAUAUCUGCGUCGAAGGCAAGUUUCGAUUGGUCUGGAAAUAUGUCGAACAAUAAAGCUUCUUAUGCUGAGGAAUCAGCCCCGUCGCAGAGUAAGGAUCCGAAGACAGUUUCACAAUUAGGAGGACCAAAUUUGCUUCUGAAACGACCAGUGGCAUCGACUGUAUUUGAACAGACAGAAAAGAAGGCUGGAGAAGUUAAACUUUCUGAAGGCAAAGCAAAUGUGUUUCCUGAUAGAGCUGCUGGAAAUGUGCAGCGGCUUGGUACCACAUCGUCAAGAUCCGAUUCUGAACCUAGCAAAGGUUUUGGCAUUCAACUGUCGUCGGUGCCUACUGGUGAACCAGCAUCUAGUUUCCCUGUAAAAUCGCUGUUUGAUUUCAAUACCAGUAGCAGUAUCCCUGGUGACAAAGUAACUUUUCCUGCUGCAACGGUGUCAGUUUCAUCUUCACCUUUGUCUAGCACGUCACUUGAUUCCGUUUCCACGUUAUCUACACCAUUAUCACGUCCAGUGCCAUCCUCUACACAAGAUUCAGUUCCAACAUCUAUUCCCAUCAGCUUAGCAUCAGUCCCUCAAAAGUUUUCAGUCACAUCGACAUCUGCAGUUUCAGGUUCAGCUACGGGGUUCAGUGUUCCAUUUGGUAAAUCGUUGACCAGUGCCAAUUUUGAUCUCAAUCAAGAAGCUACGUCAACACCUUCUCAAUCACCUGGCCCCACAACUGGCUUCUCUUUUAAGUUACCAGCUUUGUCUCCAUCAUCCCCUGAAAUUGUCACAUCUUCAGCUGGCCAAUCUUCAUUUCUUCCACCAACUUCCACAGCAUCACAAGUGUCAUCUAGUCUGGUCUCUGCAACCAGUUCCCUAACAGAUAAUAAUCGUUUGUUUUCAUCAGCCUCCUCAUCGUUGACUGCUCCUGACGCGUCUCAGUCUCCUCAAGUUUCCACCCCGUCUUCUGCUGAGUCCAUUACAGAGCCAGUCUCAGAGCCUAAAAAACCAGAUGCUCAUAGUUCGCCAAUUCCAAGUAUGGGAAGUACUGUAGAUUCUGUAGCAAAUGCGACAAAAGUACAAACUGAGCUGCUGCCAGUGAAAAGUGAGAUUCCAAACCCAGAGACUACAGUAACCCCUGUCAGUUCAUCUGGGUUCCUGUCUGGGUUUUCAUCCGGAGCUCAGUCUAGUCCUUUAAGCAUGGCGCCGCCUUCAUUCAGUUGGCCAGGUAGUUCUCAGCCGCAACAGCUAUCGUCGACACCUGUCUCUUUCCCUGCAUCUUUAUCAACUUCUGCAAGUCCAUUUGGUGAGAAAAAAGACACUGUAGAUACACAAGAAGAUGAAAUGGACGAAGAAGCUUCAGAGGCUAGCCAGACGACUGAACUUAGUAUGGGUGGUUUUGGAGGUUUUGGGCUUGGGUCAACUCCAAACCCGGCUGCUCCCAAAGCAUAUCCAUUUGGGGGUCCCUUUGGUAAUGCUACAACAACAACAAGUAAUCCGUUCAAUAUGGCAGUCCCCAGCGGCGAGCUAUUCCGACCAGCAUCAUUCAAUUUUCAAAAUCCUCAACCAUCUCAACCGGCAGGGUUUGGUGGAUUUUCUACAACACCUUCUCAGACACCACCUACUCAGAGCGGGUUUGGCCAACCGUCACAGAUUGGUGGAGGACAGCAAGCUCUAGGAUCGGUUCUUGGUUCAUUUGGGCAGUCGAGGCAGAUUGGUGCUGGUCUCCCUGGAGCUACGUUUGGUGGUCCAAGUGGAUUUGGUGGCUCUAACCCAGGGAAUGGCCUCCCAAAUGCACCAGCGUCUGGGGGUUUUGCAGCUGCUGGUUCUAGUGCUACUGGUGGCUUUGCGGCCAUGGCUUCAGCUGGUAGGGGAUUCGCUGGAGCUUCUUCUAGUCCAACUGGUGGUUUCGCAGCUUUAGCCUCAGCUAGUGGAGGCUUUGCCGGUGCUGCUCCAGGAGGAGCCGCCAGUGGAUUUGGUGGACUUGGUUCAGGCUCCGGAGGUUUUGGAGGCUUUGCUCCUCCUAGUGGUGGAGGUUUCGUGGGAGCAGCAGGAGGUGGUGGUUUUGGAGGUUUUGGCAGCCAAGGACAAGGCCAAGCCGGUGGUGGUGGGUUCGCAGGCUUUGGUGGCAACCCCGGAGCAACAGGAAAGCCAUCGGAACUCUUCACACAGAUGAGAAAAUGAGACAAUUUGUUCAAAUCAGUAUGCAAAUGCAAGCGAGUCUCUCAUCUUUUACGUAGACCUAAGCUAGCUUGUCUCAAGAAAUUUUGGUCUAGCUCUCAAGUCUCGACUUACAGUCAAGUCGUAUAUUUUUUUCUAUAAAUAUUGUGUGUUUGUCUACUCCUUUUUUUUGUUAAUGUUGAAAUGUAGUUACGUCAUCAACUAACCUUGAAAAUGUUAUAAAUUGCUGACUUAACACUCACGUGGCUCAUGCCUUAAUGGCCAUACAG